AUGGCUCAUGAAGACAACUAUCAAGGCUACUAUGCCCAACCAUACGCGUCCUACCAAUCCCAAAGAUCCGCGUCCACGAGUGCCACCGGCGCAUACGCGCAACCUCGCGCUCCCCAAGCUGCACCUGUCUCCGAACCAUAUCCUUCUUAUUCCACACAAGCAUACGCACCAGCUGCAACAUCCUACAAUCUUUCUCAAGACUAUUCGUACGGGACCGCGGCGACGUAUGGCGGAAGUGCAUCAUCUGGAGGACAAUCUCGCAACGCCGCCUCAGCGGAUUUGCAAAACCUAGCUUACGCUUCAGGACUGCAUAAUUUGGGACAGCGCGUAGCAACGCAGCCCACAACUUCGCCUCCAGUCCCCACAGCGACGCGCACCAGUCUACCUCCGCCGCCCACCCAUCAAACACGAACUCCGUCUACAUCAGGUGUACAGCAGCGGUCUAGGACUUCACCUCAGGUUUCGAAUACCUACCCGACCCCGUUAUCGCAGACAUCCUAUUAUGGUAGAUCGCUGCCUAGCGUAACACAAACUGCUCCAACCACGACGAACACUCCAUCUUAUUCUUGGGGCAGCCAGCAGACUGGAACGGAUACAACAACUGUAGAUCCGACAGCAGUCUACGAUCCGUGGCCAGAGUGGCACCGGAAGAGGGAGGCUGAGAAGGCUGCCAAAGCUCUUGAGGAACACGCCCGGGCGCAGCGCGAGCAACAAGAAUUGGCGAAAAAGAAAGCCGAGGAAGCAAGGAUAGCAGAAGAAGCUCGCAAGGCAGAACAGGAGAAAAGGAUAGAACAGGAGCGCCUUGCUGAAGAAUCACGGAAAGCAGAGGAACAGAGAAAGGCGGAAGAGCAAAGAAAAGCGGAUGAACGGAGAAGACAAGAGGAACAAAAACGUCAAAAAGAGAUCCAGACUCAACAACAUCAGGCAUCAUUGGCUGCAAAUCAACUGAGCAACACAACAAAGGCCAACACAAAGUCCAAGAUGUCGAAAGCUGGUGCUGCUUCAUCAUCUCAAAUUGAUUUAGAGGCCCAGAUGAGGGCUCUGAUGGCGCAAAUGAGAGAUUUGAAUGGGCAAAACCCGGAUCUUUUGGCAAAAAUCUGGGAGGAAGAGAGAACGUCUCAGUUAAAAAAUUCGCCUGGACUAUCAGCGGCAUUAGUGCAAGGACAGCCUGCACAACCUCAUCCUAGAUCAGCGCAGUCAACUCGGCCAAGUUCGCAAGUGCAAUCUGUGCAGCCGCAAUCGCAACCGGCUACUAGACCAGCACAACAAGUUCGACCCAAUUCGACGCCGGCAGCCCAUGCCCAGCAACAUGCUCCGCCUGCGCCGAUGCGGCCAACUCAGACGGCCGCACCUGUCCGGAAUCAAGGACCCCAGGGGAUGCGACUACCUUCAGCCAGACCACCAUCAGGAAACACAAUGUGGCCGGCAGACAAGAAGGACCAGAUUUCGAGAGCGGCAUCGACUUGGCUGAACAAUAUCCCCGAUAAUUCCAAGAAUCCGAUUACAGCCGAGGAAAUAAAAAACCUUCUUGAUCGUAAUCCUAAGUAUAUUGAGCUUUGCGAAUGGCUUGAGAUGCAGGGCAUGAAAAUAGAGAGGGCAGCGUUUGCCAGGGCUCUGCUUGCAGCAGUACCCGAUAUCAAUCAGAGCCCAGUGCACCAGAACAAGGCACCGCCAACAGUGGCAGCACAGAUCUAUGGCGGCGUGCGGCCCCCGCCUCCAACGAUUGACCUUACUAGAAAAUGCGUUACGCCUGUUAGUCAAAUCAACCAGCAUCCCCAGGUGCCGAGCAAUCCGACUCCACAAUCGAUCAUCACACCGAGUGUUCCAUAUGCAACGCCAGUAACAUCUCAGUAUCAAAGCCCUUACUAUGUCCCUGCGCCGUUUAACGUACCAAGUCAUGGAGAAACCGUGUGGCAAACUGGACCUCAACCCCAGUCCCAAAGUUUUCCAGGACAUCAACCGCCAUCUCAAGUCCCCGUUGCGCGAAUGCUACCCCCGCAACAGAUCUCUCAUCCCACUUCUAGAACAGCGUCGCCGAGCGAGGAUUCUCAAAAACCCGCAACCAAGGCCGAUGCAGCACGGAAGCGCAACUUUAAUGAGAUUGUGGAUCUCACUUUGUUGUCGGACGAAGAUGAACCUCCGAUGAAAAGGCAAGAGGCGGAAUUUAACGUGGCACCCACUUACGCUCCGCAGCCCGGACAUUAUCAAUCGAUUACUCCCAUGCCUCCAUUGAUACAUAUCGACGAGCGGACCAGAAACAUGGACGUGGUACAUCCCAUUAGUCGGCGCCACGCCCUGCGUCGAUCCACGUACGAUGUCAAGACCAUAGCGCGGGAUGUGCUGCUUGCGACGGGCAAGCACCCAGAAAUGAGGCCGCUCAACGGCCAUCUUGACGUGUUGAAACUCUCUUUCAAGAACGUUGACAACAACGCAGACCUGAGCACUCUAAGAUGGGAUCUUAUAGACCCCGGCGUUCCACCGCCAGAUGCUUUCAAGGAUAUUGCGGAUAAUGAGACUGAUGACACCGACGAUGAAGAAGAGGAUAUUGAAAAGCCGCGAGCUCGUGCGAAACCAGCGCUUCUGGAGCGGGAUAUGACGAAGAAGGAGGCUCCGCGCUCAUUGAGCCCAGUUGUUCCACCACCAAAGAAGCGUGGAAGACCACGCCUCAGCGAGCCAACGUUCAGGCUUCAGCAGCCGCAGGCGGAAGGAGCCGGGAAGCACGGACCAACAAAGAACGCGGGAACUAGUCGCGAUCGCGUCGGAACGCCAACCUCCAGACAGCAAACAACUCCUUCAAUGUCAGCUCGCAGCGAAGGCGCAAAGCCGUUAUCCGCCAGUAUUGGUGGAGGUUAUUCGGCCUUCCGCUCGCAACAGUUUGCGCCCGACGGCACUCCGUUACCCAAGAAGAAAGGCCGCCCCGUGGGUUGGAGGAAAGACAUCCACAGCAAAGAAGCACUGGCGCGGGCAACAGGCUUGACCUCUCCGCCCGCGUCUUCUUCGCGUCAAAGCGCGUCUCGCGCCAGUGGACUGCGCAAUGCUCGGCCAGGCAGCGGUGUUGUCGUGAUCGAGUCUUCAAAAUCUCCCAGCGUUAGCCGGCAGCUUUACAAUGUUUACAAAUGUCACUGGGAUGGCUGCAAGGCUGAGCUUCACAACCUCGAUACGUUGCGGAAACACGUCUUUAAGUUCCACCAGUUCAAGGACGGCCACGGCAAAUUUCCCUGCUUUUGGGGUGAAUGCGACCAGAAUUCGAAGUCCCUUAACCCUCGUACUGGAAAGCCGAAUGGCUCUAAAGACGUCGAAGGAUGGAAGACGCACAUCGAGUUUGCGCAUCUCGGUCCUACAGCCUGGUCACUAGGGGAUGGCCAUGCUGGAGGCGUUUCGGAUCCUCCAGAUUCUGCUAGUGAAUCCUACCUGAGCGACAACCAUGGCCGUCAGAUUACCCCACGGGUCAAGGCGCCCAGGAUGGAUGAUGCCAUGAUCGAACCCAUUGCGCCGUCGCGACCAGCUCGCGGUCGCCCAAAGUUGAAGUCUGAAGAACAAAAGGCUCAAGAGGCGCAAGCGGCGCUUGUAAAGAAGAAGAAAGAGAUUGGGCCCGGAUUGGAUCGUGGAGGAGCACAAUUGGCCAAUGACAAAAGAAGAUCCGGCUUGAUCGACGAUGAAGAUUUCGAAGAAGUAGUCAGCGACAGUAGCUAA